UUCUUUUCCCAUUCUCCCCAUACAAUUUUCUGAUUCGGUGGCAAGAAUCAGGAACGACACCUGUGUGUUCUCCUCUGCUUGCGGGUCAUUCCACACAGAGGCGCGAUUGGAAAAUGUUGAUGGCACCGCCAUCGCCGCCGCCGCCGCCACUCUGGCUCUAAACUGCAUCAUCCCGCAUUAGCGAACUCAUAAAAAUCCUUUUUCUUUUCUCGCAUGUUUAUUUUUUUUUUAUUCUUCUACUCAAUGACCCUCUCUGUUAGAGCCUCCUCAAAACCCUUCAUAACCCUCAAUGAAGCGCGCUUCCUCUUCCCCUUCUCCUUCUUCAGCUCCAGCACCGUUCAGUACACCAACAAGUUCCUGUUUCAUGCCGCGGUCGCCGAACCGCAAUUACUCGUCCGGGUUCUCAACACGGUCCGCCAUCGCCCCGCGGUCGCGCUCCGGUUCUUCCGGUGGGCCGAGAGGCAAACCGGUUUCAAGCGAUCUGAAUUGACCUACGCCGUCAUCCUCGACAUUCUCGCGCGGAACGGCUUGAUGCGGUCCGCCUAUUGCGUCAUGGAGAAGGUCGUCUCCGUUAAAAUGGAGAACGGCGUCGUGGAUGUCGUUUCUUCCUCCGAGGCAUCAAUGUCAUCGGUUAAGCUUAUUCUGGAUUUGUUGCUUUGGAUUUACGCGAAAAAAUCGAUGCUUGAGAAGUGUUUGUUGGUGUUUUAUAAGAUGGUUAGUAAGGGCAUGUUGCCUGAUCUGAAGAACUGCAAUAGGGUACUCAGAUUGCUUAGGGAUAGGGAUAGUAGCAUCGAUGUCGCAAGGGAGGUUUAUAAUGUGAUGGUGGAGUGUGGAAUUCGCCCUACCGUUGUUACUUAUAACACAAUGUUGGAUUCCUUUUGCAAGCAAGGGAAGGUUCAGGAAGCUCUGCAGCUUUUGCUUCAGAUGCAGAAGAUGGGAUGUUUGCCCAACGAUGUCACGUAUAAUGUUUUGGUAAAUGGUUUGUCUCACAGUGGGGAGUUGGAGCAGGCUAAGGAGCUUAUCCAGGAGAUGUUGAGAUUGGGGCUCGAGGUUUCUGCGUACACAUAUGACCCCUUGAUUCGCGGAUACUGUGAGAAAGGGCAGCUUGAUGAAGCCUCGAGGCUUGGGGAGGAGAUGUUGAGUAGAGGGGCUGUGCCUACUCUGGUGACCUACAAUACGAUUAUGUAUGGCCUUUGCAAGUGGGGGAGAGUGAGUGAUGCUAGGAAGUUGCUGGAUGUUAUGGUGAACAAGAAUCUGAUGCCGGAUUUGGUUUCGUAUAACACUCUGAUUUAUGGUUACACCAGAUUGGGAAACAUAGGGGAGGCUUUUCUCUUAUUUGCUGAGUUAAGAUUCAGGGGUCUUGUUCCCAGUGUUGUGACCUAUAAUACGCUUAUCGAUGGUCUUUGCAGAAUGGGGGACUUGGAUGUUGCCAUGCGGCUAAAAGAUGAAAUGAUCAAACAUGGGCCUGAUCCUGAUGUAUUUACUUUUACAAUUCUUGUUAGAGGAUUUUGCAAGUUGGGGAACUUGCCAAUGGCUAAGGAAUUGUUUGAUGAGAUGCUGAAUAGAGGAUUGCAGCCAGAUCGUUUUGCGUACAUAACCCGAAUAGUAGGUGAGCUGAAGCUUGGUGACCCAUCUAAGGCUUUUGGUAUGCAAGAAGAAAUGCUAGCCAGAGGCUUUCCGCCUGAUUUGAUCACUUAUAAUGUCUUCAUUGAUGGGCUCCACAAGUUGGGCAAUUUGAAAGAAGCAAGUGAACUUGUGAAGAAAAUGCUCUACAAUGGACUUGUUCCAGAUCAUGUAACAUAUACUAGCAUCAUCCAUGCUCACUUGAUGGCUGGGCAUCUUAGGAAGGCUAGAGCGGUGUUCCUUGAGAUGUUGAGCAAAGGGAUAUUUCCUUCAGUUGUCACUUACACAGUUUUGAUUCAUUCAUAUGCAGUCAGGGGAAGGCUGAAACUUGCUAUUUUGCACUUUUUUGAGAUGCAUGAGAAGGGUGUACAUCCAAAUGUGAUCACCUACAAUGCUUUAAUCAAUGGACUUUGCAAGGUGAGAAAGAUGGAUCAGGCAUACAAAUUUUUCACAGAAAUGCAAGCGAAGGGCAUUUCUCCAAAUAAGUAUACUUACACUAUUUUAAUAAAUGAGAACUGUAACUUGGGCCAUUGGCAGGAAGCUUUGAGGUUGUAUAAGGAUAUGCUAGAUAGAGAAAUUCAGCCUGAUUCAUGCACACAUAGUGCCCUAUUAAAGCAUCUAAACAAAGACUAUAAAUCGCAUGUAGUUCGGCAUCUUGAGAAUGUUAUUGCAGCUGGUGAAUAAACUGAUGAUGUAAGGAUGAAGGAAUGGUUAUUUAUUAUUCUCAUUUUGGCAUUCUCACAUGGCUAAUGAGUAAAAGACAACCCUACAUUUGAAUGGGUUUUGCCUUUUGAGGUGUAAAUUCCCCAGACAGAAUCAUGUAUAUUUUUCUGACAGUCAUGGUUGAAGAUGCCUGUGGUGUUCUUGAUGAUUAAGAUGGGCAGACUUCAACUAUUUACAAGUUUUCAAACGUUAUGUCCCUAGACUAGUCAGGGGAAUCAAUUUGCUUUGUGGCUAUUUCAGCAGUGUGUAACUGCUAACUUUUCUUCAGCUGUUAUGUGACUUCUGACAUAGAUACUGGACCUGCAUAGUUGGUGCUCAAUUCAAAUACAGAAGCCAAACAAUCAGAAAAGAUUAAAUCAUAAUUGAUUCCUGAUGCAUUGAAGUAUUUAGGUUUCUGCAGAUUCUGAUGAUAUGAAAAAGAUCAAAAGUGUCAGUUCCCACUGUUCGUUAAAUUCAAAAUGGUCCUUUAAUAAUGUUAUGGACAGAUCGAAGUUGACAGAUUUGAUGUUCCAUGACCAUGAGGUGAGAGGUGAUUGUUCUCCUUUAACGGUUUAACCUUGACAUUAAAGUUUCUAUUUUGAUACCUUACAUUUUCUAGUGUGCUGCUACUCUUUUUAUGGUAGGAUUGUUGGAAAAAAAAUUCAUGAGUCUGCACUUGAAAGUUAUGAUAUCAUGUGAAUAAGAUCAGAUAGUGUAUCAGAGGGAUUUUGGAAUUUGGAUAUUGUUCUCAUUCUAAAAAUAUAUUCAUUUUGAUCCAUAGUCUGGCAUCUUCUUACUGUUUUAAACUAAUUUGUAAAUUUAGAAUUCUACCUGAUUUUUUUCUGGUUGAAAAAGAAGAAAGGGAACAAGCAAGCAAAAUAAAUUAUAGAUCGGAAUAAAACAUAGAUGCCAAGAGCAUGAAAUCAAAAGGAUGUGAAGAGACAUUAAUGAGAUGAAAACUGAGAAGUAUAAAAUAGUACUAUGGGCGUUGAAGACAAUCAAAUUUUUUUCUUUUCUUAAAAUAUAAAAAUGAGUCUUUUUUUCUUCUAUUCAUACCAGGUCAAUUAUGGGAACUUCAUGCAUGGGCUGAUGAGGGAGUAUAUCCAACUUUAACUGAAAGUUUCUGUCUGAGUGAGUUAUCUAUGCAUGAACCCUAUAGCUUUAAGUCUUCAGUAGAUAUAUCACGAAAUGCAUUUCCAGGAAACCAAAAUGUGGUGGUUCCUCCUACUUUAGCAAACAGUGGUAGUUUAUGUUAGAAUCGUUAAUCUAUCUUUGACAGUUUCGAGUGUACUGCACUGUAUUACAAUCAAUUUUGUAUGCUUGAAAUUCGCAAAUUCAUUGUAUACUUUUUAACUGCAUGAUUUUUCUCCUCCAUUACCAUUUCAAUUACUCUGGUGUCAGAAUUAUGGUACAAUCCAAUAAACCUUGAUUCCAAAUACUGGUUGUUUUUAUGGACCAUUUACUGCCAUUAGUCUCUAUAAAAAAUUAAAAGAUUACAUCAGUUAUCCUAGGUUAGCAACAAUCACUAUUAAUUAAUUAUUCAAACUAAUUAAAAAUUUAAAUUUAUAGGGUAGAAUUGUGAAGGCACCACAGUAAAAUUUAUUUUAAAUGACAUGCUUCUUUUAUAGUACUAAAUGGAGUUUCUCCGGUGCUUUCAUUAAGGUAAAUGUGGUAAAUUGGUAAUCAUUCACUGUGUAGAAGACAAUUGCAAGUCUCUUUGUAGAAAAGGAAUCGUGUGAUCAUUCUUUGAGCAGCUAUCUCAUAUGGUUUUCAUAUUUGGUGGGAUUUGUACUUUUGUAGACAACCCAAAUCCAAAUGAAAAUAUUUAUUAAAUUAAAGAAAACAAGGGUUGGGAACUAGAUAGUCAGAAGACACGUCUAUAAUAUAAGAUCACACGCAUAGAUUACAUAAUGUCCGUGCAUCACAUAGGUUGGACACUAGAUAAUUCAUAUUUCACGUAAAGAUUAAGUAUGAUAUGUUAGUUUAAUUUAUAGUUCCAGCUAAUUUCAUGUAAAGAUUUAAUUCAUGAUGUUAGUUCUUUAUAGGUUUAUUUGUAUUUAUGUAUUUUGCAAGGUAUAUCACCUAUGAAGUUCUUCAUGAGCAUCAUCUUCAUCAAGUGAUAUGGGUCUUUGAUCACAGAUAAAAAGAACAGAAUGUCCUUCUGGCAUCACCAACAGGGUAGAUGGCAAGCAAGAAAUAGCCGAGUUGCAGGAAACAAGGAUAUAUACUAGGGAACAUUUGGCAAGUUUUUAGCUUCUACCUUGCUAUCUUGCUGUUCAUAGCCAAGCGGGAUAAAUAUAAUAAUGCAAAAGAAUGUGCCCUUGGUGUGGACUGCAAACUGAGACUACAACACAUACUGUUCCGAUGUGUGAUGAGGUUUGAAGACUAUGGUUUGCAUCACAAUCAAUGUAAGAUUAGAUGUUAAUGAUGACAUAACUAUUGCUGAUUGGAUUAAAUUGUGUCUAGAUACAGUUGAUGAGGGAGCUUUAGAAUGGAUUUUUGUUCUUGCUUGGUCUUUCUGGAAUUGUAGGAACCAUAUGGUAUUCAAGCAAAAGAAAAUAUUAGUUGAGCAGAUUAUGCAGCAGGUGCAUCACCUCAUUAAGUGCUACAAGGAGGAAUGAAAGAUGGCAGAAGCCAUUGACAGGCCAAAUUAAAGCAAACUUUGAUGCUGCUGUUAGAAAGGGUGUUGACACGGGCAUUGCAGUCAUUUUUAGAGACCAUGAAGGUGAAACUUUGGCAGCUGCAACAAAGUUUCAUCAGAGUGGCAGAAGCUCUGGCCUUAAGAUGUUGUAUUGAAGAUCUUUUGUCUUUGUUGUCUGAAUCUAGCUUGGAUAUAAGCUAGAUAACCUCCGCUAAGAGAAUGGGUUUCAUCAUUUGACUACUCAUUUAAUCAACUGUCUGUGAGUUCAGGCUUAUGCCUUCAGUAAGUGCAGUUCGAAGCCUGUGGGGAAGAGUACACAACAAACCUAGAGGCAUGUUCGUUUAUAUUGGCAGGAGCUGAGAGCGUUAAAAUUAGGAUGGGGGCGAUUACAUGUGAUGAGAUGGGUGAAGAUUAUGUCUCUGUCUCUCUGAAGAUGCAUGGGAAUUUUAUGCAAGGUUGAAUUUAACUGAUGACUCAUGCGAAUCAGAGUGGCUGUAUACUUUGUGGCGCAGGGUAAUUAAUACGGGAAAGGGGAAUGGUAAUUAAUGCUAUAUUAACUUUUGGUCAAAUUAGCAUUGUUACAGGUCGAAUAUGGUGGUUACACGAUAAUGUAUGGUAUGGGGAUAUAAUUAAACUAGAUUGAAGGGUAGAAUAGUUUGCUUUAGUUUUGAUGGUUCGGUGGUUAAUUAAUAGGGAGUUGCUAUUGGCUCUUACAAUCCCUCAAAAUUCCAAGAUUAACAUCCUCUCGAAAAACAUUACGGCAUCGUGUUUCCGCAGCACAAAAGGGAGUGCCAAUUUUUGUGCACAAAAGGGAAUCAACCGGCUCAACUCCAAGUCCACCCACCACGCUUGCUCCCUCGUCUGCCACCAUUGAUUCCACCUUGAGUGCUGAACCCAAACCACCCUCGAAAUUGGUGCCACCCACCACUUCCUCAACGGUCUCCCCACCCAAUCACCGACGAGCUUGUCUGUGGAGAGAUAUACGAUGCGACUAAUUAGAAUUUAUAUUAUAGGGAUUGGAUUUGGAUGGUUGGGCGCAUGAAAAUGAGGAGAAUUUAUUUGAUCGUGGCAUGCAUAUAUGUGGGAAUAAAAAGAGAAUGGUGGAUUGGAAGGGGUAACUGCAGUGUACCUAUCUAUCGUGUUCACUAUUGUUAUGUGCUUCAUUUUACUCCAUUCUUCUUGAGCUCUGUACACAAACAAGGGAAAAGAGGGAAUCACCUGAUAAAAUUGUUGCAAUAUCCCCACCAUGGCAACCAACUUGUGAAGAGAGAGGCUCAACAAAUUAUUGUUGCAGACUCUGCUAUUUAGUUUCUGUUUUAGUUAAUUAUUGUAAUCUUGAUAAAAUCUCAUAGUUGUUGAGAUUUUUAGCAAAUUUCAAGUUGUUUGUAAAUUGAUUCUCAUUUAUGGAAUAUAUUGCCUUUUGUUUUCAA